GGAUUCACUGCAUAUGCUUGCCAUGAGGGGCUGUUUUCAUGCAGCCUUUUGAUCUCUUUUCCCUGGGCUGCAGGUCGGGUUUCACAUCCAUCCCAAGUGAUAGGCGAGAACUGAACGGCUAAUCAGUGGGCCAUUCAUUGACGGAUUACGCAUGGCUCCCAUUCCCCGCUGAAACCGUCAGAGAGCGCCAUUGCGCGCAUCCUACACAACCUUGCUCUUCUUUUAUACCAGCAAGUGAUUUAAUCCUCCUCUUAAGGGCCAACCUAAAAGAUGCCUCCCGUGUCUCCGCAACCCGAGCGCCCUCGGGUGAUUCUCUAUCAUCAGACGAUCUGUCCUGAUGGCCAGUACUGCUCCAUGCUGCCGCUGCUGGAUAACAAUACUGGCGUCACCCACAUCAUCCUGGCCGCUUUUCACCUCAAUGCCGAUCCACAGCACAUUACUCUCAAUAAUGAUCCCCCUCAUAUGCCGCUGUAUGAACCGCUGUGGGCCGAAGUGCCCGCCGUGAAGCAGAGCGGGGUUCGUGUCAUGGGACUCCUGGGAGGCGCGGCGCAGGGCUCAUUCCGCUGCCUGGACGGUGAUGAGGAGAAAUUUGAACUAUACUAUCAACCCUUGCGGGACAUGGUGCGGCGUCAUGAACUGGAUGGGCUCGAUCUGGAUGUGGAGGAAGAGAUGUCGUUGUCGGGCAUUAUCCGGCUGAUCGACCGGCUCAAGCUCGACAUGGGUGACGACUUCAUCAUUACGUUGGCUCCAGUGGCGGCGGCCAUGUUGGGCAUGGGCAACCUGUCCGGCUUCGACUAUCGCGAGCUAGAGCGACAGCGAGCCUCCAAAAUCAGCUGGUAUAAUACCCAGUUUUAUAAUGGUUGGGGCCACCCAGACGACCCUCGGAUGUAUGCUACCAUGAUUGCACAGGGCUGGGCCCCGAACCGGGUGGUGUACGGGCUGUUGACGAAUCCCGGGAAUGGAUCGCAGGGCUAUGUACCACUGGAAAAGAUCGGGCCGAUCCUAGGUCUGCUGGUUGAACGCUUCCCCAAUUUCGGAGGCGUGAUGGGUUGGGAAUACUUCAACUCGAAACCGGGGGACCGAGAUGCGCCCUGGCAGUGGGCGGCGGCGAUGAGCUUGAGCAUGAAUAUUAAGGAGGUGCUACACGUUGCGCGUAUGAUGCGCUCAGGACCAAUGGCCAACAGCUUGAUGAAUCUACUUCGGGACAUGAUGCAGCAGCGAUAGAGACAUAGCUUGCAGCUUCCACACCUUGCAUAUAUAAUUAUAGAGCAAUUGAGAAUAACAACUGACUUGUACAUGGCUUGGUGGCUUGAUGUUGUUUUGGGUUGGAGAGCAUGUCGUCAUCGCUGCGGCGCCUCAUCCGUUCCGCCUUUUCGGAUUAAUCAGUUGAUCUACUCGAC